GACAGAUCACCAAUAUAUAUGGAAGGAGGAGGAGCUUCAUAUUGCCUGUGACAACCUGUAGAGAGAGAGAGAGAGAGAGAGAUUGCUGUUUGGAUUGGCCAUGGAUGCGAGACCGAUGUACAAUGAGAGCUUCUCCUACAGUUGGGUGCUCCACCUGAAGCCUUCUUCCUUCGACGCCUCCGGCGACCUUCACUCCCGCAAGUUUUCCAUCGACUCCCUCGACGACGGCCCCUUCAUCGAGAUCGACCUCCUCAAGAUGACCCCUCUUCUCACCGCCACCGCCGCCCCUACCACCACCACGACGUGCACCACCACCACCACCGCUUCCAGCAACCACCACUGCCAUGGCAGCAACGACUUCAUCUUCCCCACCUCUCAGCCGCUGACCCUCGUCCCCGCCGACCGUCUCUUCCUCGACGGCCACCUCCUUCCUCUCCACCUCACCCACCUCGAACCCGAGUUGCUCGACUCCGCCGCCUCCCCACCGGAGUCCACCGACAGCUCCGACGCCCCCGGCUGCCCGCGCCAACGCCAGACCUUCUUCCAAAGGUGCCGGACGUCUAUCCACCGCAUCUUCAGAAAGCUGAACCGGAGCCAGAGGAGGCCGGCCGGACGGAAGAGUCGGAGCUCGGUCUCUGACGUUAGCACGGUCAACGAGACGGCGAGGAAAGAGUGCGCCGAGGUUGGGUACGGCGGGAUGGGCUCGGGGCACAGGUGGUCCGUGGACGACGGGAUGCUUCACCCGCAGAGAUCGUCUCGAGUUGCAGAUAACUUGGGAACGUGCUUCUCUUGUCCUACCACACCAGGACACGAGUCCCAUGUGUGACUUCAAUUACCCCAACCAAGACCACCGUCCAUCUUGGUUCAGUUCUGGAACCAGCGUCUCACCACUGACGGGUGGAUGAAGACAGUAACGCCAAAAGCAACAGUUCAAUUUUCAUUUGGAUCGAUACCGAAUAUAUGUUAUAAGUAUGUAGAAAAUGUAUGUAUGUAUUUAUUGUUGAAUUGCUUGUGGAGGACAACUGACUUGUUGGGGUUGACGCUGUAACGAACGCAAACAUUGUCUUCUGGGGGAUUCGGUUGUCCUUUUUUGGUUGGACAUGUAAAUUUUAGUGUUUUUGUUUUUCAUAUUGAAGAUAUUGAACCCGAGAUCCGGUUUUUUUUUUU